AAGAAAUAACACUAAGCUCUACAAUGUUUCUAUAUAUAGCGUAGCUCAGCACUAUUCCUUCUUGAGCAAGAUUCUGUAACAAUUUACAAAAGUUUGCAGAAGGAAAAUGAUGACGAUGAUGAUGGGGGAGAAGUGGGCUCAACUAGGCUCAGUGAUUGGGAGCAUCAUGUUUGCUUGGGCCAUGUUUAACCAAUAUUUCCCUCAACAACUUCGUGACUUUAUCCUAAAAUAUGGUCAGAAAUUUGUGGGCUUCUUGUCCCCCAAUAUCCACAUCACGUUCCAUGAAUUUUCUGGCGAGUAUUUCAAGCGCAGUGAAGCCUAUGCUGCCAUUCAAACAUACCUCAGUGACAAGUCCUCCAUGAAAGCUAAAAAUCUUAAAGCAGAAGUUGUCAAAGACAGUAGUCAAUCUGUGAUACUGAGCAUGGCUGAGAACGAAGAGGUUACUGAUGAAUUUGAAGGUGUCAAGCUUCUGUGGGCUUCAAUGAAACACGCCCCAAGAACACAGUCAUUUUCUUGGUACCCGGAGGCAUCGGAUGGGAAGAGGUAUUACAAGCUCACUUUCCACAAGUCUAAACGAGAAUUUGUUACUAGAACAUACAUUCAUCAUGUACUUCAAGAAGGGAAGGAAAUAACGGUGAGAAAUCGACAAAGGAAGCUGUAUACUAACAAUCCAAGCCAGAAUUGGCAUGGAUACCAAGCACGCAAAUGGAGCCAUGUUGCUUUUGAGCACCCAUCAACUUUUGAUACUUUGGCCAUGGAGUCAAAGAAAAAGGAAGAAAUAAAGAAUGACCUUACUAAGUUCAGCCAGGGAAAAGAGUACUAUAAGAAGAUUGGUAAGGCCUGGAAACGUGGCUAUCUUCUUUAUGGUCCUCCUGGAACUGGCAAGUCUAGCAUGAUUGCUGCCAUGGCAGAUUUCUUGAAGUAUGAUAUCUACGAUCUUGAACUGACAACGGUCAAGGACAACACGGAGCUGAGGAAGCUUUUGAUCGAGACAACAAGUAAGUCUAUCAUUGUGAUUGAAGAUAUUGAUUGCUCAAUUGAUCUUACUGGUCAGAGAAAGAAGAAGAAGGAGAAAGUGGAGGAGGAAGAACCGAAGGAUCCUGUUAGUAAAAUGGCCAAGGAUGAAGAAGAAGAAAGCAAUAGUACUAAGGUCACUCUCUCUGGGUUGCUGAAUUUUAUAGAUGGAAUUUGGUCAGCUACUGGGGGAGAGAGGCUCAUCAUUUUUACUACUAAUCAUGUGGAAAAGCUUGAUCCAGCUCUCAUCAGGAGGGGACGUAUGGACAAGCACAUAGAAUUGUCCUAUUGUAGCUUUCAAGCAUUCAAGGUGCUUGCCAAGAAUUAUUUGGAUGUUGACUCACACCAACUGUUUGAGACUAUUGGCCAUUUGUUGGAGGAAACCAAUAUUACUCCUGCUGAUGUUGCAGAGAAUUUGAUGCCCAAGUCUCUAACUGAAGAUGCUGAUGCAUGUUUGAAAACUUUGAUUGAAGCUCUUGAGACUGCUAAGGAGGAGGCACGAAAAAAGGCUGAGGAAGACAUGCGGUUAAAGGUGGAGAAAGAAGAGAAAGAGAAGCAACAGGUUGCUCAAGAAGAUGUGAAAGUUGAUGAGUCAUUGGCCAAAGAAGUGAAAGAGAAUUGUGUUGAAGUUGUGAAAGGCUGAUUGGUUUAAAUUUUAAAUUGGAUCAAUUUUAUGGUUUAUAUUAGAUGUUAUAAAUCUAAAUGUGUAUUUAGAGUUUUUAGAUCUUUUGAUUUUGGGAAUAACCCUUGUUGUGUAAUGUUGAUCAAGAAGACAUGAUUGGCAGCCUCUUUGCUGAUUUA